AUGAACCUGUUCUUGGUUGCUGUAUUGGCUAUCACUCUAUCGUUCACUGACAAGGCUUCUGCUUCAGUUUUACGAGGACUGAACCAAGCUCUAUCUUCGUUGUUUGUGGACCCUGGAGAUAUCAACCUCAAUGACGAAUUUGCACCUUCCGUUUCACCCUCGAUCACUCAAUCAGAGGCACCAUCAAUAUCGCCUGCUCCUACAAUUUCACCUGCGCCCACCCCCUCUCCAACGGAGACGCCUGUGAAACAAGAGUACUUCGCGGGUAAUGGAAAUGGGAAGACCUUCAUGGUCGAGAUCCUGUAUGACCAGAAUGCAUAUGAAAACUCGUGGCAUAUAUUUCGAGGAACUGGUGUGCUAGAAGACGCGAUUUACUCCGUAGAUUUUGGUGCUGUGCAGGACUGGGGAAUGGUGAGGACCACCUUUGAGAACAUGCCCACAGGACAAUAUACGUUCGUCAUGGCGGAUGUUGGAAAUGAUGGCAUUGAUGGAGGUCGAAUGGCCAUCUAUGAAAUAGACGGUGGAUUGCAAACGCUUGUUUGGGAGCAUGGAGGUGACUUCCAAUUCAUGGUGGAGAAAGUGUUCUAUGUUACCUAA